GCAGUGACUGGGGCGCUGCCCACGCUCCUUGCAAGUUCCCCGAGCCCGGCUGCUGCUGGGACCCCGGAGCCCUGGCUGCAGCCGGGGGAGGAGACUGGAGCAGUAACAUUCCCGCUGCUCUCCAGGAGGAAGGAGCCUCUCCCGGUGCGGAGAGCCCAGUCAGCUCAGGAAAGGAAACCCUGAGUCACUCUCUGCAGGGAGCCAUGGCUGCAGCGGUGAACCCUUUGAAAAGCCUCCGAGAUGAAGCUACUUGCUCCAUCUGUCUGAGUUUCUUUAAGGAUCCAGUGUCUUUAGAUUGCAGGCACAAUUUCUGCCGAGCCUGCAUCAGCCAGUGCUGGGAGGAAUCGGAUGCAGACAUCUCCUGCCCUCAGUGCAGAGAGAUCUUUCCCCAGAGGACCCUAAGGUCAAACAGGCCACUGGCGAACGUCGUAGAAAUAGCCAAGCAGCUGACUUUCCAGGCAGCAGCAGGAGAAGAUUUGUGCAAGGUGCACCAGGAGCCUUUCAAACUCUUCUGUAGCCAGGACCAAAUACUCCUCUGUGUGAUCUGCAGAGAGUCCCAGGAUCACCGCGCUCACACUGUGGUCCCUAUAGAGGAGGCUGCCCAGUCGUACAAGGGACAAAUUCAAACCCGAUUGAACACUCUGAAGAAAGAGAGAGAAGAACUUUUGGAGUGGAGACAGGAUGGAGAGAAGCAAAGCCAGGAAUAUCUGGGAAAGAUAGAAGCUGAGAGGCAGAAGAUUGUGUCUGAAUUUGAGCAACUGCGACUCUUUGUGGAGGCACAAGAGCGACUUCUGCUGGCCCGGCUGGAAGAGCUUGACAAGGAGACUGUGAAGAUGCUGGAUGAAAAUGUCACCAAACUGUCUAAGGAGAUUUCUCGUCUGAGUGACUUGAUUAGCGAGAUAGAAAAGAAGUGUCAGCAGCCAACAAGUGAAUUCCUGCAGGACAUCAAAAGCACCUGGAGCAGGUGUGAGAAGUCGUUUCAGAAACCAGUGGCUGUGCCAAAGGACCUGGGAAAGAGACUCAGCAUCUCUUCUCAACAAAAUGUUUGUUUACAGGAGUCUCUGAAGAAAUUCAAAGAGUCCCUGCCCUAUCAACUGAGCUUUCUGAUAUCAAAGGCAGAGAAAGAGGUGCAGGCCACUCUGGAUCCAGACCUGGCAAAUCCCUGUUCUGUCGUGUCCACAGAUGAGAGUGUGAUACACGAAUACCAACACACAGAAUUUCUGGAGAAACAGAACAGGUUUUACCCUGCUCCCUGUGUGCUGGGCUCUAAGGGCUUCACCUCAGGGAGAUGUUACUGGGAAGUGGAGGUGGGGAACAAAAAUCAGUGGGUAUUGGGCAUUGCCAAACUGCCUGUGAUAGAUCAGGGAGUGAUAAGUCCUAUGCCAGGGGAGGGGGUCUGGGCUUUGGAGCAUACAACGAAUAAGUACUGGGCCCUCACCUCCCCUAAGUCUCCUCUGGACCUACUUUCUGGCCCCAGUAAAAUUGGGGUUUAUCUAGAUUAUGAAGGGGAGAAAGUUACAUUUUAUGAGGUUACAUUUUCUGGAAGAGAGCCAAUCUUUACUUUCACAGCCUCUUUCACUGGGAAAAUCAUCCCCUUCUUUGGGAGGCGGCAUGUAGAAUUUCAGAGUAGAAACAGACUUGAUCCCUGGUAUGCAUACCAUUAAGACCAUGACAAGGAAUGGGUAUCCCUCAAUAUGAGAUACCUUAAGUACAGCAAAGACAUGGAAAAUAUAUAAAUUAUAGCUAUCACACAUUGCCAUUACAGUCUUGCCAGCCCCAAACAUUCAAAAAUGAUGUGUCAGGCCCCCUAAAAUCAUGAGAUUGGUUUUAAAAUCUUUUUUUAAUAUUGAGUUAUUUUUCUUUGCCUUCUGGUUUCCGAGCUUACAGGGUGUUCUUGUUUCCAGUGUUCAAGCAUUUCUACUACGGCUGUCAAUUAAUCGUAGUUAAGGCAUGCGAUUAACUCAAAACAAAUUAACACUUUUUUUUUUAAAGGAGCAUCAAUUGCACAUCUCUGGAGAUGGGACUCGGCCGUGGCCAGGCAGGGAGGGAGUCACCAGCUGGGUGAGGGGGGCCACUGUCUAGGGCGCUAUGCUCAGGGCAGCACUGCUGCAAGCCUCUGGGGUAGGGUUGCCCCUCCUCCCGCCACCCUGCUCCACUGCUGCUCACAUCUCCUCUCCACUCCUCAUAGAGCUGCUCUUGGAUAAGCUGCUCCGGACCAGGAGCCUGUCUCCUGUCUGCUGCGCAGAGCUGGGGAGCUGAUGUUAGGGUGUCCUCCUCCCCCCACCCGUAUACCCAGUCGCCCCUGAGCUAGGUCGGGGAACAGGGGCAGCCUGUCUGCUGCUGGCUCAGGAGUGAGUGCUGCCCAUAGCAGCUGCUGCUAUCUGAACAAGUGUUCAGGCUCCUGAGUACCCUGCUUAAAGAGACAGAGUGAUGACACACUCAGGCAUGCACACACUCCCCCCAACACACAAACUCUCUCACACACAAUCCCCCAAUACACACAUUUUGUGCACACAUACUCUGUCAUGCAUACACACUCCCCCAACACACACACACUCUCAUGCACAAUCUCUCUCACAUACUCCCCCCAACACACCCACUUGUAUUAUUAUUGUUGUUUUUGUUGUUGUUACUUCUUGGUACUUCCUGUUGAAAUGUGUAAGGCACAUAUAUUCUAUGUAAUUUUAUUCUUUCAAAGUUCAUUAAGGAUUACAGUGCUGUUAUUUCAGUUUUUUGACUGAUCUAUGCAUUUCAUACAUUUCUCUAUUAUGAUUAAAUUUAAUUAAUUGAGAAGUGAGUUCUAAAAUGCCUAACCUGUCCUGCCCUGGCGGCAGUAAUUAUCUUUACUUUUAUUACCACACUGUGCUUUGUCACUCAUUAUUUAAAUUGGUACAAUCAAAUAAUAGCAUCCUUCUAGAAUGUAAAUUUAGCUUGUACUCACCUUAGCAGUGCCAGUCUAAAAAAAGUUAUCUAAACAAACACAACUUUAGACACCGUGCGGAUGAAGGUCGCUUAUUUUCAAAUGGUAUUUUUAGUUAUAUCUGUAAAAUAACUUAAAAUUCCUACAAAAAUAAAUGUGGUUCCAAGUCUGAUACUAAUAGUAAUGAUGGAGUCAAAUAUUAGUGAGUCACGUACAUGAUUGUGAUCUGCAAACAUAAAUGCCAAAAUAAUUUUUAAAAAAAUUCUUGUUCUUAAUAAAAGAAAAAUAUCUUAAUCAUGUAUGUUAAAAUUAAGUAAAUCCAUUUUUAGUGGAGUGAAAAACAAUUGACUAAAAUAGAGUAGAUAAUGGCAGUAACACAGUGUGUCUGUUAGAGAAAGUAAGCAGAUUUUAAGCAGAUUUUCUUUGUCUCUACUAAAGAUAGUGUACAAAAUAUCAAACGUGUGUUUCUGAGAUCUGUGUUAAGGCUCCAGAACCAGUACCUCAAGGUUUAGGAUUGGGAAUAUCUUGCUGUAUUAUCUCCUGAUUGUUCUAAAUGUACAUAUAAACUUAAAUGUGGCUUUAA